AAACCACAUGAUAACUAUGAGCACCACGGCGAAAAAGAACAUUACGGUGAGAAAGAAAACCAUGGAGAAAAAGGACACUACGGCGGUCAUAAACCUCAUGAUAACUAUGAGCACCACGGCGACAAGGAACACCAUGGUGAGAAAGAAUACUACGGUGGUCAUAAACCACAUGACAACUAUGAACACCAUGGCGAAAAAGAACACCACGGUCAUUAUGAGCAUCAUGGUGGCGAUAAUUCACAUGGUCAAUAUGAAAGUCACGGCGAAAAAGUUCAUCAUGGGGAAAAAGAACAUCCUGAACAUUACGAGCAUCAUGGUGAAAAAGAGCAUCCUGGACACUACGAGCAUCAUGGCGGAAAGGAGCAUCACGGUGAAAAAGUUCAUCAUGGGGAAAAAGAACAUCCUGGACACUACGAGCACCAUGAUGGGAAAGAGCAUCACGGUGAAAGAGAAUGUCAUGGUCAAAAAGAACAGUAUGGUCACUACGAACAUCACGGUGGUGAUAAGCCACACGGUAACUAUGAACACGAGGACGGAAAGGAACAUCAUAACGAAAAAAUAAAUGAUGACGUUGUCGGGUACGGUCACUAGAAGAGAAGUUAUGGCGACAUUUAUGAAAUGGAACCUAGGGUACCAGAGUGGUAACGUACGAUUUAUCGUACCGGAACGAUUUUCAUACGAACCUCUACGCGAACUUUGAAAAACGAUAAUCUUACGUACGCCUCCGCUGUAGAAGGUUCAUUAAUAUAAAUGUCGUUGUAUUUACCUGAUUCCGAAUCUUUUUAUAAUUUAUUGCGUGUUUUUCUUAUUAAGUGUUUAAAAAUAUUUUUAUACGUAACAAUUUUUCGAUG